UACAGUUUAUUUCUGCUUAUUGUCGUUCAAAAAAACUAUAUAUUAAAUGCGUCGUGAGUUUCAAUUUACGACUUGACGACGGAUUAGAUGUCUUUGUUUCUCGACAACGACGUGUUCGUUCGAAUAGACCUCUCCAACUGCAACUAGAAACAGAAGACUGUCUGAUCACAAAAGCUAUACUACUUGAUGCUUGAAUGCAACAAUGUUCCUUACUUAGCGAACGACAAGUGCGCAAUCAUUUUUACAGCUUGCGCGUUCGCGCAAGUAGAUCCCAUCAUCGUCGGUUUCCCAGGUAACCACAGCGCCUCGCACGAACACAACAAUGAACGGAGAAUUCGCCGCGAGAACGACGUUGCCGUAAGUAUGUCCUACAUUGAACAACUGCCGUUGUCAGGCAGGGACAUCGCCGUCCCGGCCAAGCUGCCGAUGAUCUUGAAGCAGUUCUGCAAGGCCGCUAUCCGUACGCAACCUUAUGAUCUGCUCAAGUGGUCCAGCUCAUAUUUCCGCGCGUUGGCGGACGGCGAGGAGCCACCGGCUAAGUCGCGACUGGAGUACCCGCCGCCGAGCACCGCCUCUGGCUUGACUCUGGGCUUCCUCAGGGUGUUGCUGCGACAAUUCGGAAAUUACAACAAGACUCUGCCUCUGGAGACGAUCGCGCGCCGUUGGGACUGCCUCUGCCUGGACCGUCGGGAUUUUGAGACGAUCACAUCGAUCGGCAGGUUUCGCCGUGGUUGUCAGGUGAAGAAGUUCCUGGCUAUCGCGGUGGGCCUCCUUGGCGGCAACCUCACUGAGACGAUGAUCAUGGUCUGCCAAUUGUUCAGUCAUGAGCCGGACGGCGGCUCCGCGAUGAUUCCGCUCAAUCUGUUUAUGGAGAUAUACGAGUACCUGGCGGGACUCCCGUGCGACGACAGCGAGAAGAGUUCCUGCGACGAAGAGAUGAGCACGCGUAAGGACAGUUCUACCCAUCACAUUUCCUCCAUAAACAGUCAGGACACCGAUGCGGAUGUUAAUCUGGAUCUGGAGUCGAUGUCUAAAGACGAGGUCGACUCAUAUUCUAAGACCGACCUAUCGAUGGAACCGAUAGAGAGCAGUUCGUUGGAAAAGGAGGAGAAAUUGGACGUUUUGAUUGGCGGAGAUUGCGUGGAUAAGGAUAACGCGAUCGGUGAGAGAUUCUGCGGCACAAAGGAUGCGAGUAACAGCGACGGGAGUAUCUUCUCCGAAACGGAGAAAGCCGUGUGUCGCCUGAAUGUUCCGGGUAUAGGAGCGCGUCUGUCAAUCGAACAAAUCGCGAGCGUAGCGGCGUGGAUGAUUGAGUGCGCAAGGCUUCAAGAGGGUAUGGUCGGUCCACGGAAUAUCCGACACACGGAGUGUCCACCCUUGCACCAGCGAUUGAGGGUAGAUCUGGGAUAAUAUGCGUCACGGUAUAUACGUAG